AUGGAUACCAAUUCUGGUCACUCUGUAGGGUCACUGGCAGAUAUUCAAGAAUGCAUCAAAGAGUUAAAUAAAUUAAUUAACAACUCAUCAAAUGGAGAUUCGUCAACAUUGCUGAAUAGAUGUAUCAAAUCAUUAGAAGCAUUCGAUGACAAUGCUCAUCGAAUUCUUUCUACUCUUCGAAAAACACGAGAAAACAAUAUUGAACCGGAUGCUAAUAUUAUUUUAAAGUCGAUGCAAUCGUUACAAAUAACUGCUGGAAAGAAAGAAAAAAGUGAACUUGAGAUAAAACAAGAAUGGGAUAUGAAAAAGCUCUACGCUGAACUAUUUAAAAUAUCCUACAAAAGAAAUCGUUUAAAAACAGAUAUUGAACAGGAAGAAUUAAAACCAAAAAAGAAAGGUGAUGAUCAACCCAAUUUGGGUAAUGCCAUUUGGUGGUAUACUUGUGACAAGGCAAAUAUAUAUUAUCAAAUCAAUUCAAUAUUACGUCUUGAAAAUUUCGAAUUAUUAAUGUCCUAUCGUUAUUUCUUGAGUGAUCUGUGUCGAAUGAUCGAAUAUUUGUAUCAGAGAAGAAAAGACGAGUUUGGUGAUGUUGCUCAAACAUUCUAUCGAGCUGGUCAUAUCAAUAAAAGCCAACUUCAAAAAAUGGACAACCAACAAAAGGGUCAACUUAUAUCUUUGGUAGGCUUUAUUUCAGCAACAACAGAUAUCGAAAUAGCAAAAGGUUACGCCAGAAAACAGCACAUUUCUGACGACAAUCAAAGUGUUCUAUUCGAAAUUGUUAUUAAACCGCAAGAAGCAUGUACAGCAUUUGCAUAUAUCGAAGAUAUCUCGUUUCAUCCAGAAGAAAAGGAAGUUCUAUUCAGUAUGAGUUCAACAUUUACUGUUGGUAUGGUCCGUGAACCAGAAAAUAAUGAAAGCUUCUAUCGAGUUCAACUUAUUGGUGCUGACAUCGAUAAGACAAUUAUCGACGAUAUUCGUACAAAAAUUGAAAAAAACACUCCAUCAGGUCGAGCUGCUCUACUUGCUCAAUAUUUGAUGGAAUUAGGCGAAUAUAGAGCCGCUCGAAAGUAUCUAAAUUCACUCUUAGCUCAAGGAGAUGAAGAAGGAAUUUUAUUUAACGACCCAAGUCUUGCAAGUAUUUAUAGUUGUCUUGGUAUGACUUAUACUCGACAAGGUCUUUUCGGUGAUGCAAUCAAAUCAUUCAAACAGGCACUUAAUACACAAGCUCGUCUCGAAUAUUCAAACAAUAAUGUAGUAGCUAAUAUUCACAGGCAAAUUGGUUUAGCCUAUGUAGGCCUAGGACAUGUAGACGAAGCUGAAGAAACACUAUCUGAAGCAGUACGCAUUCAAAUAAGGGAACUCAAUUCAAACCAACAACAUCUUGCCGCUAUCUACAGUAAUAUUGGUCAUGUUCAUUAUAAAAAAGGCAAUCUUGAUAAAGCACAAUCGACUUUUAAUGAAGCGGAGAAAAUAUACAAAAAAAGGUCAAGUAAAAUUGCUCAUGAUGAGCUUGAACAGUCACUUAUUCAAGCAGAACAUCUAACUAACUACGGUCAUUUCUUAUUUAUCAACAAAUCUUCAGCAGAUGCUCAAGAAAAAUAUAACGAAGCAUUGAAAUUGUAUAAAAAGAUUGUACCUGAUAGCGAUCCAAAAUUGAUGCAAACUCAUAUCAAUAUCAUGCUUGCUUAUGCAACAAAUAAAAAAUAUAAUGAAGCAAUAACAUGGUUUAAUCAACCUAUGAUAGGAAAAUUAAUUAAGAAACAGGAAAUUAAUAUGUUCGAAUUGAAUAGUUCCGUAACACAAUUAAGUCUUGCAUUUUUACAUGAAUUUAUUGGCGCUUGCUACGCAACGCAAAAAGAUUUCGAUAAAGCUAUUCAUAUGUGGACUCGUGCUUUGUUAUUUAAACAUAAGGCACGAUUGGAAGAAUUAUUGCUUGAAACUACAAAUAGUACUUUUUCUAGUCAUAUUUUCGAACAGAAAACUUUUAUCGACAGUAGCUAUCAAUUGGCAUAUGACUAUUAUAGUAAACAAAUCGAUGAAGUGACUGAAUCAAAUGGUACUAUAAAUAAACCUCUGACUAGAGAUUUUUGCAUAGGUCUACUCUAUGCCGAAUUAUACAAUCGUGAUCAAGCGAUCGCUUGUUUAAAGCGAUCUAUGUUAUAUUUAAGUGAAUCAAAUGAUAACAUGCUAUAUAUUGCCUAUUUAUUAAUAGCCGAUAUUCUACAACAGCAACGAAAAUAUAAAGAUGCCGUCGAAAAUCUAGAUGCCACAUUGCAAUUAAUAGCAUCGUUGAAAGAAAAAGAUCGCGUCUUAGAGAUCGAAAUUGAAUUAGCUCGAAGCGAUUGUUUGAUCGAAAUCAAUUCACGCGAUAUUAUUCCAUGCUUACUAAAACUUGCCAACUCUUUAAAUGCAAACGAUAGCGAUACAAAACGUAUAAGUCUACAAGCAAUCGUCUACGAUACAUUAGCUAAGUGCUGUUUAAAACAAGGAAAUCAUGAAUUAUUUGAUACUGCUGCCGAAGAAUCGAUGGCACUUAAACUUCGCAAUUUUUCACAAUAUCAUCCCAGUUUAGCCAUUACUUUAGUUCUGAUUGCCGAACGUCUCAUUCAACUCUCGCAAUAUCGUCAAGCACUAGAUUUUUAUGAACAUGCCCUAGAGAUACAGAACUUGAAUCUAGCAGAUAAUCAUCCGAAAAUUAGAAAAAUAUGCUAUGCUAUAGGUGAUAUUUAUUGUAAAUUGGAUAAAUUAUCUAUCGCUAUAGAAAAAUAUGAUGUUGCUGAAAGUAAAAGUUUGGAAUGCAAUGAUGAUAUUGCUCUUCGCCAGGAGAAAAUCAAUUCAAAAGAAUCAAUGGACAUUUUUAUGGCUCGAGUCCGUAUGCAUCAAAAUCUAACUGAUUAUUAUGCGAAAAAAAAGAAUUAUAAAGAUUCCAUUACGGAAAUGUAUAAAAUUCAUGAUCUACUUAAAGCAAAACUGCCACUGUCUGCAUUUAAUUACAAUGACGAAACACUUUUAAUUCAGAAUAAUAUUAAUCCAACUACAUUAAUCAACAAUUUACAGCAACUUAUCAACUGUUACUUGAAUCGUAAUAUUUCAAUUGAUUUUGAGCAAGAUGAUGAGAAUGCUUCCCAAAUAGCUUUAGAAAUUUGUCAGAAACUUUCUCGACACGAUAAAGAAGUGACAAAGGGACAACUCGUUUUACUGUAUCGUCAAUUAAGUUUAUAUUAUGAAGAUUUAGACGAUAAUGAAAAUGCUCUUGAUUAUUUACAAAAGACUAUAAAUAUUGAACAACCGGCAAUUUCAACACUCUAUCGAUUGGCAUAUUUAAAUACAGAAUGUGAUGAGUUCGAUGAAGCAAUUAGUAAUUACGAAAAAAUAUUAAAUAAUGAAUUAACCAAAGGUCAACGAGAAAUCUCACAAAUCAUCCAGGAGAAACUUUCAAAAGUUAGAGAAAAAGCAAAGAAGACGGAGAGACGUUCUUCAACAAUUUCGAGUAGUAGUGAUGAAAGUGGGUCAGACGAGGAAGCAUCUCAUCAUUCCGCCAGUAGUAGUAGAUUAAACAGAGAUUCAACGAGUAUUUCCAGAAGUUCUCGUGCCGAAAAUGGAAGUGAGAACAAAAUAAAAACAAAGAUGGAUAGUACAGAUGAUACUUGUGAUUAUCGAACUAUCGCGGCUGCUUAUCUUCAGCUCGGUGAUAAUGAUAUGUGUAUAGAAUGCCAUGAAAAAUACACGAAAAAAUGUAAGAAAGACAUAUCCACGAAUUGUAUGUUUAGCAAACACCAACAGAUUAUUACGGAACAGGCGUGUCACUAUGAAGAAGAUGACACAAUAACUUUGUUAGCGAGAUUAUUUCAUGAUUUAAAUGAGAAAUUUCGAGAAACUGGUAGUUUCGAAAAAUCAGAAGUAUUGAAUAUAGCUGAUUCGUUUUUUCAAUGUGGCCUGCUUUAUAAACAAAAAUCGUUUUAUCUUGAAAGCACUAAUGCUUAUAUAUCCGCCUUUAGCUUAUAUAUGUCAAAAUCUCUUACAAACUCAAACGAAUUAAUCGACAAUGUAAAUCAGCUCCUCGGUGUAUUUGUUGAAAACAAUCUUGCCUGUGAACAAAUUGUUGACGUUUGCAAGCGAUAUUUGACAUCAACUGUCACAGAGCGUAUGCGAAUAAGUCUAGCUGCUCUGUAUCGUGAAAAUGAAAUAUACAAUGUUGAGGAUUUGGAUGGCGAUGAUGAUACAAGUAACGAAUCACGAAAUAUUGCUUUACAACACUAUAAAGAUUUGUUAGAAAACACCGAUAACAUUAUGACGAAAGGUGCAUGUUAUUUUAAUAUUCUAAAUUUAUAUAAAAAUCAUAUUUAUGAAGAUGAUGAUGGUAAAUGUAUUAUUGAAAAAAUGAUGCUCAUAUUACCGAAAUUCACUAUUUCCGAUCGAAUAUUGUUAAUUAAAUUGGCAGUACACUUUAUGGCAGAAUAUGAUAAUAAUAAGGGUACCUGUGAUAUGAAAAUAAAUCGUCAACUGCAAAAAAUGGAAAAGGAAUAUUCUAAUGAGAAACUGGAAAUACAUAAAGAUAAAUGUAUCGGAAAGUAUCUUGUAGAUUGUGAUGAUCUAGAAGGUGCUAAGGAAUACUGGGAUUUAAUUGGUGAACAAAUUAAAAGUAGCAUACCACACUGGAUACUUUCACUUGUUCGUGACUCUGAUUCGAUAUUUGAAGAUAUUCUACAUACGAUAAAACAGCCAGAAAAUGAUACUGUCUUACUAUUGAAUCAACUAGUUAGUACAUAUGAAUCAUUGGGCGACUACUACAUGUUGGAUGCUAAAAUUGGACAGACAACAGGCGCAAAUUGCUGCCAACAAGCUGAAAACAUGUACAAAAAUGCGGUGCAUUUAUUGAAACGAUUUAAUUCAAACUCAGAAAAAGUUCCGAUGAUCGAAAAGAAACAGCGAGAAGCGACAGGACAAACAAAGAACUAA